AUGUUUGGCAUCGGCUACAUCGAGACCGUGCCCACCCCCAACCUGCAGGCGUCGCUCGGCCUCAAGCCGGGCGUCGUCACCAGCGGCGACUCGCUCGACUACACGGACAAGUGCCUGGAGAUCAUGCGGGACGGCGGGGCGGCUGUGAAGGAGAUGGAGGCGGCCUCCAUAGCCUGGACGGCUCAGCUCUUCAAGAAGCCGGUGGUCUGCAUCAAGGCCAUCACUGACAUCGUGGAUGGCGACAGGGCCACGCAGGACGAGUUUCUCGAGAACCUCAACAGCGCGGCGGCGGCGCUGCAGGGGGUGCUGCCGCGGGUGAUCGAGUUCAUCGGCGGCAGGGCGGUCUCGGAGCUCUGA